CUGAAAUUGAAAACCCUAACCCCUCAAUUAUUACUAUCUCUUUCUAAAUUAUGACUCGCCGGUUUAGAUUUCUGCUAACUUCUAACUCCUCCUCCACUUCGCCGGCGGCGGAGGAAGCGCAGCCACCGUCAGCCACGGCAGCGGAGUCUGACUUCAUCGUUAUACUUGCUGCUCUACUCUGUGCAGUAAUCUGUGUUUCCGGACUCAUCGUAGUUGCUCGUUGUACUUGGCUUCGGCGGGACCCGCCGGAAAAUCCACCGCCGGUGAAGAAUAAAGGCUUGAAGAAGAAAGUUCUUAAGUAUUUACCGAAAUUCAAGUAUGAUCCGUCGAGCGGUGAGCUGCCGUUCGCGGCGGAGUGCGCGAUUUGUCUGGUGGAGUACGUAGAGGGAGAUGAAAUUCGAGUGUUGCCGAAUUGUGGCCACCGGUUUCACCUCCAGUGUGUUGAUACGUGGCUUUUGACGAACUCGUCGUGUCCUUCCUGCCGGCAGAUUCUCGUCGUUGCUCGUGCUCGGUGCCGGAAGUGCGGCGAAGUUCCUGCAAUUUCCGGCGAAUCUUCCGACGGAGGUCAAAUUUUAACGCCGGUGUAGUCUACAACUUCCGGUAGGUAAACAGUAAACGGAGUUAAUAUGAAAAAGUCGCCGGCCGGAGCAUCGUGGUAAGUGUAAAUUGGUAACGGUGUUUUUUUUUCCCGGUGAUGGAAAUGGGCCCCGCAUGAGGUCGAGGGAUAAGGCAUACUUUCCUUGUGAUUAUGAUGGGAGGGUAAGAAAGUGACAAAAAUGAAAUUAUGGCUGUUGGA